GUGAUUAAUAAAAUGCUGAAAGAUAUUCUACACAAAUAGUAUACAUUUUAUCGGACUUGAAAUCACAUCUUUUUGCUAUACAGAAUUUCUCUUGCUAUGGAGUUAUUUUGUUGCCUUCUGAGAGGCAUGACGAUGUUCAGUUUAUAUGAAAACAAAAGCAUUUUGAUUUGGAUGGAGCUUUUGGAUGAUUUUUCUGUUCAUCAGCAAAAUUUAAGGUAAUUUUAUAACAAGCACAAAAGAGCUUUCAUAACCUUUGAAUUGCUUGUGAUGCACAGAGAAUUAUAAGACUUAAGAGGAUCAGCACUGAGCGUGAAGGUUUUACCCUUUUUGACAUUUGGCUCAUACCCUGAAUUAAUGUAGGAGGGAUGACAAGUGCGUAAUUUGCGUGCAAGUCACGAUGCAAGACAGCUCAGUAGGUUUGUGAUAGAACAGAAUUCGAAUGGCUUAAACUUUGCGACAGUCAGGAAGACUCGUGUUAUUGAAUGCAGACGAUGACUGAACUGACAGCAAAGACAAAAACAGGAAGUGGGCCGUAUCUCUCAUUAAAGCUUUCUCUUAUCAUGUAAUAAAGUAUGUCUGAUUCAGAUGAUUAAAACUGCCCUGAGCAUAAAAACAUCAUCAUUGCUCCCUGAAUGCCAUUUGCUGUGCUUUAUGUUCUUAUACUUAAAGCACAGCACUACUUCUUGCAGCUGCAGCUGUUUUUUGCUCUUACCUUUAUGCAUAGCUAGGUGAAAAGGACAUGUUGAUGAAACAGCGUUAUGUAUUUGAGGGCCACUUGGGCAACCCUGUGCUAAAAAUGAAUCAACUCAUGGAGACACUGCUGUUCAGCAAGACUCAAUCAAUCUCAACUGCUGCUGUGGACAAACACCUGGCCAGGAUUGCUCCAUUUUGCACUUUGAGUGCCUUAUUUUGGACAUUUAGUGAGAAAUGCAGGAACUUUUGUAUCUUGUAAAUGAAAUACAACCAUCAGCCACAACAUUAACACCACUGACAGGCGAAGUGAAUAACAAUGAUCAUCCGUUUACAGCUUAAUGUUCUGUGGGGAAGGAUUGAAUUGGAUUGGAUUCUGGCGAUCAUGGAUGUGGAUGUUCUUUGACACACACCACCCGCCCAAAAACAUCGCCAGAUCCCAACCUGAUGGAGAAUCUGUAUGAUGUACCAAUAUAAGCUGAAUUCAGAUUCCCAUCAUGUGAGAGACCCCACCUGAUGGGCCUCUUUGGGUCCUGUCCUCAGUGCACAGCACCCAAAGGAUCCAACAUUCCAAUGCUGGUAGCCACAAAAUACUCCCAGAGGUCCUGUGUUCCUUCCUCUGACAGGUCAGAGCUGUUUUGGCAGCACAAAAUGGGACCUGCAAAAUAUUAAACAGGUGGUAUUAAUGUUGUGGCUGAUUGGUGUGUGUUGCCAAGGAUAAGUGUCAAGAAUGAUAUGUACAUGCAAGUACAUGCUCCCAUCUACUGUCGAACAGAGACUCAAUGGGGGAAGGGGGUCCCCCACUGUAUUUAACUCAUAUUGUGUGUACAUCAGAUACUGACAGGACCUGAUGACACUAGGCCUUCAACAGAGUAUCUACCUUCACACACACAAACUGAAACCCUCACAUGUACAGAAAAUACUGACUUUAAUUAAUGGACUGCACCUUGUGUACCUUACAUUCUCUUUCCAGUCACAAGUAAACCUUUAAGCACUUUAAGAAAAAGAAAAGUCCAAGCAAUAGAAUCAUCAGUGACCUAUUUGUAGUAACAUAUGUUUCUUUUUGUCUGUCUUUUCGUUUAAGUAAUGUUCCACAAAACUUCAGCACACACCUCCUGUUUUUAUUAAUACGCCCAGAACACAGUUAGAAUGGUCAGAACAUCAGGUGACUUGGAAGGGAAAUUUCGGCCAUCCUGUAACAGAAUCAGGAAGGGUGUUUUGUAAAAUCAUUAACCCAGAAAAAUUAAUUCAUCCGCUCUAGAUUAUUUUCAGUGCCUUUUUAAUGUUUAAUAAUGACAUGUCAUCAAUGCCAUAAUCAUUUAUGAUCAACCUACUGUAUGAUAAGAGGAAAUUGAGGGAAUUUUAUUAAAGGUUUUUCUACAAAUUGCUAUCGAGUCACGUGUUGUCAUUUUUUUCAAUGGGAAACAUGCACUCCAUAAUGCAGAAAGGAGGAGACAGUGAAGAAUGACAAUGCAUAAGCAUAUAUGCAAAUGAAGUCAUUUUUAAGAUAGAACUUGGGAAUAUUUGGAACAUUAUAGCCUCAUUCAUGUUUCCUAAAGAACCAUGUUGGAUGCAGCUUUUGCAGAGAAAGGUAAAGAAACAGGUAGAAGACAGGAAGCUGGAGAGCAAGAUAGCUGGGUGGGGUCAAUACUGCUGAGUGAGACUGAUCUCUGUUCACUCUCUUGGCAGGCAGUCAGUGUGAGUGCCCACUAUAGGAUCAUGGUCAGGCUGGCAGCAUGGGCAGAGCUGGGCAGCAUUUGCCAGUGUGCCAGGGACAGAGGGGCAAGCCUAUUGAGAAGCAGUGUGAUGGACACAAUGGGUGCGACAGACUUGCUGCAUCAACAGGCUUUUUGCUGCUGUGGUCAGAAAUAAACCAUAAAUACCCCCAGUGGCCUCUACCAACCGCUCGCCAGACCUCCACACCCACACACACCCUCACACUGAGACAGACAGAAAAGAGUGAGAAAAGAAAGAGGAAAGACGGAGAGCGUGGCUUGUACGUGGUGCACUGAAGCACAAGCCAUCCAGGUAAAAAAAGCGUAGAUCAUCCCUCUCUCCGACAGGCCUUUCUCUUUUGCUUUCUCUCUGUCCCUUCUGCUAUGUUCAUCCAUGUGCUUGCCUCUUCAGUAACAUUUUGUGCACUAUUAAUUAAUGUUCUUACAUUUACAACUGCCACAACUAGAAUUUGAGUGAAGUAAACAUGUAAAAGUGUGCAUAUGUCUUGCUGACACGUUAGAUUUUUGAGCAAAGGAAUUAGAACUGAGCAGUUCUAAUAGAAGGAGACAUUUUUGUCUCAACUGUUUGGAGAGCCACUUUGGACCAGGUAUUAGGGGUUAAUAAUGUCCAGGCAAGCAGUAAAAAUGGCUUUAAGCAAUGUAAUUCUGUGCUUGGUAGAGGGAAAAUGACAGAACAGCAGGGAACCCCAGAUCAGCUGCCAGCAGAGAAGGGCCAAGGAGGGGCUGGAGCCACAUACAAGCUGACUGUUUUUGAGUUUGAGAAUUUUCGUGGAAAGAAGGUAGAGAUGUCUGGUGAAUGUAAAGAUGCGUUUGAGAAGACACAGAGAGUUGGCUCAGUCAUUGUGGAGUCGGGGCCAUGGGUGGGGUUUGAGCGUCCAGGCUUUGCAGGAGAGCAGUUUGUGCUGGAGAAAGGAGAGUAUCCUCGAUGGAGCACUUGGACCAACUGCCAGAGUAGCUGCAGCCUAAGCUCAUUUAGACCUCUGAAAGUGGACAGCGCAGAUCAUAAGCUGCACCUGUUUGAGAAUGCAGGCUUUGAAGGCAGAAAGAUGGAGAUUGUUGAUGACGAUGUCCCCAGUCUGUGGGCUCAUGGUUUCCAGGACCGUGUGGCCAGCGCUAAAGCUAUCAAUGGAACGUGGGUGGGAUACACGUAUCCAGGCUACAGGGGGCGCCAGUAUGUGUUUGAGCAUGGAGAAUUCAAACACUGGAAUGAUUGGGGAGCCACUGCACCUCAGAUCCAGUCCGUCCGACGUGUGCGCGACAUGCAGUGGCACAAGAGAGGGUGCUAUGUUGCCCCUGCCCCUGCCCCCGCCCCCGCCCCUGCUCCUGCCCCUACACCUCCCAAUCCCAACCCCAAUCCUGAUCCUGUUCCUGACCCAAAACCCCAAACUCAGCCCCAAGCUUGAGACCAUAGCUUCAGCAUCUCCUGGGGGAGCCUAAAUACAGCUGGCCAGUGCCCAAUCUCUUCACUACGCCCUCUGUUAGUCUAGAAUAUCUGACCAUGCAAUUUUGGAAAACUGGAACUGACAAAAAUGAAAGAUGUAAAUCUGUUGGAAAUAAAGGCUAU